UAUUGUCAUGUGACAAUGGUCAUGUGAUUCAAUCUCAUGAUCAUGUGCCUUAUUCAGAACCGGAAAAUGGCGGAUGUGAAGAUGUUUGUUGCUGUAAUUUUGCUCGGGUUGGCAUCAGCCUUGCCCUAUGACUCAGUGUUGGACGGCCCGCCAAUGUGGGGUGAUGUGUACAGUGUCCAGGGGCUUCUGCAACUCCCGUACGCCGAAAUCAAGGAACCGUUUGCUGGCUUCUAUGAUGCCACUAACAAACGUAGCAGGAUUGACUAUUACGGAGGAAUGGUCCAGACAAUGCAGCGUGCUGACCAGGGUCAGUAUGGGGUCAGCUUCAAGGUUGCUCCCUUAACUACUUACCAAGUGCGCAAUACCAUGAGCUGCUUCAAGGUCCCGGGAAUUAAAGGCAUGGCUGUGGACAUUCAGAUCAUCCUACCCGAUCUUACUGGCUUUACAAAGCAGACAACACAGGACAUUGUGAAAGGUCAAGCAUGUGACAUGUGGGUUAAGGUCAACCAGGAAGGUCACAAGAAGAACACCUACACCAUGUGGGUUGCCAGUGCCGACCAGAGCCCUGUACGUUAUGAGAUGAUGGGCUUCGAUUCCCUGCUUGGCUCUCAUUUUGAUAAAUAUGUGCUGGACUAUUUCCAGUAUAACAAAGCAGCCAUUCCUGAGAGUGUGUUUGACCCUCCAAAAAAUCUGACAUGCAGUGGAUUCCCAGGCCCCGGCAGUUCCGAGCAUCGUGUUCUCAGCAACCCUAUGAUGGAGUAUGUGUCGCACAACGAUGAUCAUGUGACCGAGAUGUUCGAGCAGUUUAAGAAGACGCACAGCAAGACAUACACUCAUGACAAGGAGCAUGCUCAGAGGCACCAUAACUUCCGACAAAAUCUGAGGUUCAUCCACUCAAAGAACCGCCAGGGGUUGACAUACCGACUGGCUGUGAACCAUCUGGCUGACAAGUCAAGCAGCGAGCUGAAGAUGCGAAAUGGGUACCGACACACACCAGGGGAUCAUGGCGCCCAGGUGUUCGAUAAAUCUUCAAUAGAUCCAAGCACUGUUGCGGACUCUCUGGACUGGAGAAUACUUGGUGCUGUCACACCAGUGAAGGACCAGGGAGUGUGUGGGUCAUGCUGGAGUUUUGGCACGGUGGGGACAAUUGAGGGGGCAUAUUUUCUCAAGAUGGGGGAGCGUGUGCGCUUCUCUCAACAGCAGCUCAUUGACUGCUCCUGGGGGGAGGGCAACAAUGGCUGUGAUGGUGGGGAAGAUUUCAGGUCCUACAACUACAUCAUGAAGGCAGGUGGUCUCACCUCUGAGGAGCAGUAUGGACAAUACCUCGCUCAGGACGGAUACUGCCAUGAUGAAAAGGUAACGGCGAUGGUCCAAGUAGCCAGCUAUGUGAAUGUUACGGCUUAUGAUCAAGAAGCACUUACAUUCGCCAUCUCCUCAAAUGGUCCAGUGUCUGUAGCCAUUGACGCCUCCCAUCUGUCUCUAUCAUUCUAUGCUGACGGGGUCUAUUAUGAGCCUCAAUGUGGAAGUGACCCUGACAGUCUUGACCAUGCUGUGUUGGCAGUCGGCUACGGGGAGUUGAACGGCCAGAAAUACUGGCUCAUCAAGAAUUCGUGGUCCACGUACUGGGGCAACGAUGGCUACGUCCUCAUGUCACAGAAGAACAAUAACUGCGGGGUCGCUACUGCGCCAACUUUUGUAACACUUGCAUAGAGCAGGGAUUUUUUGGACAUCUUUUGUUAGACAGUAGCUCCUUUGUGAUACUAAUUUUACUAGCGAGUGUUGAUAAAAGAAUGAAAAUUUACAAAUAUGGUCAUUUUCUAUCACUAAAAUUCCUAGAGCAAGAAUCAAAUAGUUUUACUGAUGUUAAGAUUUUUCAUGACACCACAGUUGUUAGGAAUGUGAAGCAUAUAUAGGACUUGACAAAUAUGUAUAGAAACAUGAUUGUCCAAGAAAAAGGCUACAGUAAUGUACAUCUGACUGUAAAAUAAUACUGUAUGAUCAACUUACAUGUAAACAUAUAUUUUUUAUGUUCCUUGAUUAGUCUAAUGCCAUGCCAACUAUUGUUCCAACCUACAUGGGCAUGGAUACGACCCUUCCCUCAUUCUGUAUUUGAUUUGUUUAGGUCUCCGAUACUAUUUUGUAGACAUUCCACUAUGAGAUUAACUUCCGUGUUUGAUGUGUAAAUUCAGGAUCUGCAAUUUACAUGUAGGCAAGAACUGUACUGUAUACAUGUCGCCACGGACUUUAUAGGUCCGUGAUGUCGCUUCCUGUUUGCUUUAUAUGUAGACCAGGCCCUAAUUUCUCGAAACUUCUUAAGUCCCUUAUAACACUAUUUAGCUAAUCUCACUAUUUUUGUUGUUCCAUAAAAUGUGUAAUAUUUACUUCUUCAAGAAUUUUUAGAAAUUAUGUACAAAUAAUCUGUAUGAUUAUCAGAAUAAACCAUUUUUCAUUUAUCAAAAUCCAUUUUCAGUAUGUAUUUUGGCUAAUUGAAAUAAGCGACUUAAGCCUGUUAAACUUAAGAAGUUGCGAGAAAUCAGGGCCUGUCCGUUUAAGACUUAUUUUGGAAUGUAUGAAUGCACUAUUUUCGUAAGAGAGUAAAUGCUUUUGAUUCCCAAUGUGUAAAUGUUGAACAAUAAAUUAUUUACUUUU